UCAUGCGUGGCCAUUCUAUUUAAAAGACUUGCUGUUGAUCAGCUAUCAAGACUUCUGACCAAAGCUGCAGCAGUGAAGUUGGAUUCCUUGCAGAAAUGCUCUAUACACUUGUGGUAGUGCUGUCAGUACUGGCUUGGAGAAUACAAGCUCAGAAUGGGACAAGCUCUGAAAGCAUUGGUAAUCUUACAUCAAUGGAUAACGGUGAACUUGGAUCAAGUGAACAUGAAUCUGAAGAUCUAACAACAGCUUUUUCUUUGGAAUCUGAGAGUACUUCAUCUGAUCCGCUUACUACUACUCCUGGUGGAUUUCAAGUGAAUGAAGGGAGUAUGCCAAUUACUACGGUCCCACUGCGACUUGCCACCCCUCGAAAUGAUGGAAGUUUGGAAGCUGGACAAACUUCUUUUACAGAAUCUGAUGUUAAUGGUUUGGCUGACAUUAGUAAUGAAAACACUGUUACUGAAAGACCAGAUGGGAGUCCAGAAUCAGAAGAUAGUCACGAGAAUGAAUCUGAUGAGAUGAAGUCCCCGGGUUCAAGUCGAGAUAAUUCUGGAAAGAAAGGCAGUCUUCAUGGACGGAAAGCACUGCUCCGUGAUAAACGAAGGAUAAGCGAGAUGAAGCCCCGUUUUCCUUUGGAAGGAACAAAUUCCUACAAAGGAAAUCCUGUUACUGAAAUGAGUUUACGACCACGAACAACCCAGCCCCCAAUUUCUGAAGAAAUGAAUGAUGAUAUUACCAAUGCACAGGCAUUUUCAGUUGGACUAUUUGGUAAAUACCAAAUUCCAGUAAAUGGGACACCAGUUUUGUUUGAAAGAAUUUUCUUUAAUGAAGCGCAAUUAUAUCAUCUAAAAACAGGAAAAUUUGUUGCUAAAAGUGAUGGCAUUUACUCGUUGACCUACAGUGUGAUAUCCUCUCUUAAGCAAAAGCAAGUUGAUUUAAUUAUUAAUGGUGUUCCUAUUAUUAGUAAUUUUGGUGAAGAGUGGAAAGAAAACAAUGAUAUUUCUGCAUCUCUGAUCAUGCAUCUCAAAAGCAGGGAUGAAAUAUGGUUUGAAAUUGUCGAUGGUGACCCGAAGGAAAAAUAUAACAUAAUGUUUACCUUUUCAGGAUUUCUAUUAUCUCGCUGAUUGGCUGUGCACUUGUAGCUAAUAUGUUACUUAAAAUAUAGUUAUUGUAAUGUAACAUUGUGAUAAUCUGUAUCAUUCUUACUAUCAGGAUCCAAAUUGAGCAUUUCUUAAAUCUUCAGAGAUAUUACUUAUCUUCUAUCUGUUGUAAUACAAAAUAUUUUCCUUUUCUUUUUAUAUAAAUUGAAUUCAUCAGAAUAAAAAUAUUUGAUUAGCAA